CUAAAUUCCUUCAUUUUAACAAACUUGAUUUCAGUCGGAAUUUCUCUCAAUUCACUCCCAAACACAUUUAUAAUACAUUUCUCAACCACCUGACGCACUUCUAACAACAACACCAUCCUUUAUAAAGACAUUUCCAAUAUCAGAUGACAUUGGCAUAACUGAAGAUACAUUCUCAUUAUUUAUCAGCUUUUUAAAGACGAAAAUGAAAAUAUUGUACAGAACAGAUAUAUAAGAUUGUUUCUAUAAAUCUGUGGUGGAAUUCCUCUGAUAUAUUUACUCUGAAUUGUGUUAUUAGCAAACCUUCUGGACAUCACUGGCUGGAGUGUCUACAAGAUGUGUCUCUUUGCAAAUUAAACUUGGAUAAAUUUACAAACGAGUUUUGGGACAAAAGUAACACUGGACAGAAAUACAGCAGUCGAAAUACUUGCAAACAAAAGACUAUAGAAGUACAAAGAAGAAAACAUAUAUAUAUAUAUAUAUAUUUGUGAUUUUCAAAGAAAAAUAAUGGAAAACAGUGAGAAACUAAAGGAUCUGACUUUUCCAGAAGAAAAAGGGAAACAAAAAUUGUCACAUGACAGUGAUGUGUGUAAAAAGUCCUUCUCUGAAAAGGUUAACUUGAAUAAGCAUAAACGUAUUCAUACGGUAGAGAAGCCAUUUCAUUGUGACAUCUGUGGUAAAUCAUUCUCUCAAAAGGCCCACUUGAAUAUGCACAAACAUAUUCAUACGGGAGAGACACCAUAUUCUUGUGAUAUCUGUGGUAAAUCAUUCUCUGUCCAAAGUGUUUUAAAAUCUCACAAACAUGUUCAUACAGGAGAGAAGCCAUUUCACUGCGACAUUUGUGGUAAAUCAUUCUUUCAAAAAGGUAGCUUGACUACACACAAACGUAUUCAUACAGGAGAGAAGCCUUAUCACUGUGAUGUCUGUGGUACAUCAUUCUCUCACCAAAGCAUUUUAAAAUCUCACAUACGUCUUCAUACAGGAGAGAAACCGUACUCCUGUAAUAUCUGUGGUUAUUCAUUCUCUCAAAGGAGUGCUUUAACUUCUCACAAACGGAUUCAUACAGGUGAGAUCGCAUGUUCCUGUGACAUCGGUGGUAAAUCAUUCUCUCGCAACAGUGCUUUAACUCCUCAUAAACGUAUUCAUACAGGAGAGAAGCCAUUUCACUGUGGUAUUUGUGGCAAAUCUUUCUCUGCCAAUUGGAAGCUAACUAUUCAUAAACGUAUCCAUACAGGAGAGACACCAUAUUCUUGUGAUAUCUGUGGUAAGUCAUUCACUCAAAGUGGGAACUUCGCUGCUCACAAACGUAUUCAUACAGGAGAGAAGCCAUUUCACUGUGAUAUUUGUGGCAAAUCUUUCUCUACUAGUAGUAAGUUAACUAUUCAUAAACGUGUUCAUACAGGAGAGACACCAUUUCACUGUGAAAUCUGUGGUAAAUCAUUCUCUCAAAGUGGGUAUUUAACUGCUCACAAACGUAUUCAUACAGGAGAGAAGCCCUAUCACUGUCAUGUCUGUGGUAAAUCAUUCUCUCACAGUGGGAACUUAACUGUUCACAAACGUUUCCAUACAGGAGAGAAGCCAUAUAAGUGCAACAUCUGUGGCAAAUAUUUCUCAGCCGGUAGUAGCUUAACUAAACACAGACGUAUUCAUACAGGAGAAACACCAUAUUCUUGUGACAUUUGUGGUAAAUCAUUCUCUCAAAGUGGCAACUUAGUUUCUCACAAACGUUUCCAUAGGGGAGAGAAGCCAUAUCACUGUAAUGUCUGUGGUAAAUCAUUCAAUGUCCAAAGUGUUUUAAAAUCUCACAAACGUAUUCAUACAGGAGAGAAGCCAUUUCACUGUGACAUUUGUGGUAAAUCAUUCUUUCAGAAAGGUAGCUUGACUGCACAUAAACGCAUUCAUACAGGAGAGAAGCCAUAUUCUUGUGAUAUCUGUGGAAGGUCAUUCACUCAACGUGGCAACUUAACUUCUCACAAACGUGUUCAUCAGGGGAAGAAGCAAUCCCACUGAUAUUUGUGCUAAAUCAUAAUCUGUAAGGGGUGACUGAACCCUUUACCAUGCAGAUUAUUCUGUCGAAUGUGAGGGUUAUUUAUUCACAUUAUUUUCAAUUUGUCCUGCAUUAACCCACAGCUUUCAAAUUUUGAUGAUAUGAUUGUGUAUUUUCACAAUGACAUUGUAGGGUAGGUGUAAGAAGCCGACUCUGACUAGUUUGAUCAUAAAAUAGGCAGAAUAUUUGGGCCAGAUAUGGCUGGUUUAAAUUCUAAAGAGUGGACAGUAGAUGUACCAACACUUCUUACUUCUCACAAGGACCAUAAGGGGCCAUUAUUGACUGCCAUUGAAAAUAUUUCAUCAUCAUCAUCUAACGUCCGUUUUCCAUGCUAGCAUGGGUUGGACGGUUCAACUGGGGUCUGGGAAGCCUGUAGGCUGCACCAGGUUGUCUGAUC